UUCUCAAGUUGCAUGGGAAAGGAGUCUUGCACACACGAUGGCAUCUUUUAUUUGUUUUUGGUGACAGUUUAUUUUUUGAUGGUUAUAAAAGCAGAUAAUCACAAUAGAUAUACAGAAAGUUAUGAAAUAAAGGUCAUUUAGGAUCCCACCACCUAAAAGUACCCACUUUUAGCAUUUUGGUAUAUAACCUACUAAAUUGUUCACUGCUUGUGUGUGUGUGCAUGCGUGUACGUGUGCAUGUGCUUAUUUCUCAUUAUUUUUUAAACAAAAAUGAGAAACGUUUUUGUAAUGAUUUAUAACCUGCUUAAUUAGGGAUCUUUCCCAUACGUAAUCAUGCAAGUGGUUGUCUAUUUCCACAUCUUCUGUCCUGAUGAGAGUGGUUCAGGGACCCACUGUGUAUGAUUUUAUGUUGUAUUAUGACGUUCGACCGCAUUUAAAACUAAAGAGAUCACAGGAGGUGCUGAAGCAAGGAGAAAGAAAUCGCUAGUUGGGGGGCCUGUCCAGCUGCGGGCCUGGGGACUGGGGCAGCCAGUGUCCAGAGUGGGGCCGCUGAGAGGGGUCUGUCUUAAACGAGUUAGCGGCCUUAGACGCGUCAACUUCUGCCACACUUUCCUUAGAAAUGUGCUCUUUCUCUCAGCCUCCUGCUGGUUCAGACUCCUGUGUGAACACACGGACCCUCAUCUCAGAGGCGGGCAGCAGCGGGGGCAGUGGGCCCUGGAGUCAGGGGUCGAGUUCCUGGCCCCGCCUGUGAGGCUGGCUGGGGGUGGUCAUAGGCAGACCCUCGCGGGGCCGUCAGCUCCUCCUUUGCAAAACCGGGACCUUUGCUUCCUAGUGCGUGGCUCGGGGGUGCCUUGAGAGUCUGGUGAUGGACGGAAUGUGACGCGUGUGCCUGUGAAAGGGCACGGGGGGUCGGCUGUGGCCUGAAAGCUCAGGGAGAGUCUGGGCUGCGCAGGGGGGUUCGGAGUCGCUGCAUUAUCUGAGAAGGUCCCCUUUGCUCCUGCUCUGCAGCAAACCGCGCCUGACUGUGGCUGGCGGGAAGCCCGCUGUCGAUUUGAUCACAGAUCUUUCACUUGGACACCACUCAGUGAGCAGCCGGUGGGACACACAGUCCAGGACCGUCCCCUCCUGUGACAGGACGGCUGCUGCUGGCUGCCCACGGGGCCGCAGCCUGAACACACCUGAACUUCUCGUCGGUGGGGUGGCGGGCUCCCGAACGCCAGCAUCUCCAGAGGUGGGCGGUGGAAGCCGUCAGGACCCCAGGAUCGGGGCCCCAAACUGGACGGGGGCAGCGUCUCCUGCGUUCCCACACAAGGGGCCGACAGACCCCAGCUCUUGCUGGGAAGUUGGGCUCCUUCUGUCUGGCUCCUUGGAGGGGCUUCACGAGAAGGUGAAGGGGGUGAGGAAAGAUGCAGUGAAACAUCGGGGACGCGAGGGAAACGGCUGUCAGUGUCUGGCUGGAGUUGGCGAGGAGGGAAUCGGGGUUGCCCAGCUCAGUGGGAUCUAGAGUGGUGAGGGCUGGACUCCAGGCUGCGGGCUGGGCUUGAGCGUGGGGUGGACUCUCCGAAGGAGGGGAACCGGCCGAGGUGCGCCAGAGGUGUGAGCGAGCAUCAGCCCUCAGCUUUGGGCUCCUGCUGGCUCUGGCGCUGACCCUGCGCAGCCCGCCCUCAGGCCUGGACACUGUCCCUGGCACCUGUGGGGUGCCCAGUGGACACUCUCAUUUAUUCCACGCAGAGACCCCCUUCUCCUUGGGCUCGGGACGGCAGCUCAAGGCUGGGCUAACCUGUGUCGGCACGAGCCUGGGCCCAUAAGAAGCACCUUACAAGUCUGUCCUUUGAGAGACAGCAGGGCUGCAUUCCUUCAGUGAACACAGCCUCUUCCUGUGGCCGUGAGCCCCUCGACAACCUAGGUCGAGUGGCCGCAGGGCACGGCUUCUUUCUUGGGGGCCUGCAGGCCUCUCGACCUUGAGGGGUGACAGUCCUAAGGGGCUCAGACCUGGCCCGAGGGGCAGGUGCUUCAGGCUGAGAUGUCCCCAGGCCCCGUGCGGCCUCACCAAGGCCAGGCCUCACGUAGCUCCGGCUCUCUGAUCCAGCCCGAGGCAGCGUGGCCCGGACAGCUGGACGCUGUCAAGGUCGCUCCAGGGGACAGGGAGCCUCCUCGUGGGAGGCCAGCCGAGGGAGGUCCCACCGGACACGGCAGCCACUCUCGGAGGAGAACCUGAUCUUUGGGGAGUGCACAGCAGGAGUGGCCGAGCCCUGAGCGAGGCUGAGUCACCCGGCCUUCGUUCCUCACCGUUGGCUCUGGCCCUCGGCCGAGGGGCAGCGGGGGCUGUUCACAGCACAGGACGCCUAGCAGCUCUGCCCGGUGGACUCCUUAGGAAACGCAUCCGGGUUUGGGUGGAGGCUGGUGUUGGGAGCACCCAGGCUUGGACAUCCAAGGAGAGUGCCACCGGCCUGGCCAUGGUGGUCACCCAGCUGGACCUGGAGGUCCGCUUUCAGGGCACGAAGCUGCGAGGCUUCCGCUGUGAGCUCACCCGCUGCCCCCGCGGGGUCGUCCCUGAGACCACCUGCACCAUCGUGGGCCAGGUUGUGGUGCCCGUUCUGCUGUCUGGCUUCGGCAUGGUGGCGGCCGGCCUGCUGAUGAACACGAUCCAGCACUGGCCCGUGUUCACGGAGGUGAAGGACCUGCUGACCUUGGUGCCGCCCCUGGUGGGCCUGAAGGGCAACCUGGAGAUGACACUGGCCUCACGCCUCUCCACCGCGGCCAACACUGGGCGGAUCGAUGACCCCCGGGAGCAGCACAGAGUUAUCAGCAGUAACCUCGCCCUCAUCCAGGUGCAGGCCACCGUCGUGGGGCUCCUGGCCGCCGUGGCGGCCCUGCUUCUGGGCGCGGCGUCGGGGCAGGAGCUGGACGCGGCAGAGGUGGAGGUGCUGUGCGCCAGCAGCGUCAUCACCGCCUUCUUGGCGGCCUGCACCCUGGGGAUGCUGAUGGUCUGCAUAGUAAUCGGCGCUCGAAAGCUCGGGGUCAACCCGGACAACAUCGCGACGCCCAUCGCGGCCAGCCUGGGAGACCUCAUCACCUUGUCCCUCCUGGCUUUUGUCAGCAGCUUCUUCCACAAACACAGAGACAGUCGGUAUCUGACGCCGCUGGUCUGCGUCGGCUUCACGGCCCUGACCCCCGCGUGCAUCCUCAUCGCCAAGCAGAACCCGCCCGUCGUGAAGAUCCUGAAGGUCGGGUGGUUCCCCAUCGUCCUGGCGAUGCUCGUGAGCAGUAUCGGGGGGCUCAUCUUGAACAAGACCAUCUCCAAGCAGCAGUUCCGAGGCAUGGCCAUAUUUGCCCCCAUCAUUUGUGGCGUCGGUGGCAACCUGGCGGCCAUUCAGAGCAGCCGGACCUCCACGUACCUGCACCUGUGGAGCGCUCCUGGGGUCCUGCCCCUUGGGAUGAAAGAGCGCUGGCCUAACCCCCGCUCCACGUUCUGCAGCUCAGAGAUCAACUCCGCGUCGGCCCGCGUCCUGCUCUUCCUGGUGGUUCCAGGCCACCUCAUCUUCUUCUCCAUCAUCUACCUGGUGGAAGGCCAGUCAGUCCCAAACGACAAAACCUUCGUGGGGCUCUACCUGCUGGCAGGCCUGGUCCAGGUGACGAUCCUGCUGUACCUGGCGGAAGCGACGGUUCGGCUGACGUGGAACCAGGCCCUGGACCCAGACAACCACUGCAUCCCCUACCUCACAGGGCUGGGGGACCUCCUUGGGACCAGCCUCCUGGCACUCUGCUUCCUCGCCCACUGGCUACUGAGGAGUGAAACGGGACUGGAUGGCACCUCAGAACCAGCAUCUGGACCUUCCUAAGGAGCCCAGGCAUCCCUGCGGCUCAGGAGAACCUUCCCUCGUGCCCACGGGAACAGGGUGUAGUUCCUCCCCAGCCGGACCCCCAGGGUGGCUGACCCUGGCCUCUGCCAGUCUGCCGAGGACGUGCACACACUCUCUGGAGCUGCUGCUGCCUGAGCCCGGGAUGGAGCCUGAGGUCAGGAGCGCCUGCCGGCGAGUGCACGUGCGUGCCUGUGUGGAGGGCAGGGCACUGCGGCCUGAAGCCGCUGAACCAAGAGGCGCCUGUGCCCUUG